AUGGCAACAAUUACAGGCAAGAAAGUAGGACCUAUUGGCUACGGCUUGAUGAAUCUGACGUGGCGUGAAGAGCCCAUACCCGACCCUCAAGCUUUUGCAGCGAUGAAGGCGGCUUUGAGCGCAGGCUGCAAUUUCUGGAAUGCUGGUGUUUUCUAUGGUUCUCCAGAAGCCAACUCUCUGCAGCUACUCAAGCGCUACUUCACCCAGUAUCCUGAGGAUGCUGACAACGUUGUACUCUCCGUCAAAGGCGGCAACGUUCCAGGCAAGAUGGCCAUUUCGGGCGCGCCGCAGAAUUUACGCCGCAGCAUUGACGAGUGCUUGGGUCUUUUAGAUGGGAGCAAAUCCAUUGACAUUUUUGAAAUGGCCCGCCAAGAUGCAGAGACGCCGUUGCAAGAGAGUAUUGAGACAAUAGCCAAGUACGUCAAAGAGGGGAAGAUCGGUGGCAUUGGAAUCAGCGAGGUUACAGCUCAGCAAAUUCGCGCCAACGCCGCUCUUCAUCCUAUCGCUGCAGUAGAGGUCGAGCUUUCGAUUCAAUCUCCUGACAUUCUUGACAACGGCGUGGUUGAAACGUGCAAUGAACUGAACAUACCCGUUGUCGCCUAUAGCCCACUUGGUCGUGGCUUACUGACAGCUUCCAUCAAGAACCUCGAUGACCUGGACCCCAACGAUAUCCGUCGACAAUUGCCUCGCUUUAAAUCUGAGAACUUGGGCAAAAACGCUCGAAUGGGAACAGAGUUACAGGCAAUUGCCAAGGCAAAGGGUUGUAGUCCGGCCCAAGUUGCUAUUGCAUGGGCACGAUCAUGGAGUAAGAAGCCUGGAAUGCCUCUUAUCAUACCCAUACCUGGCUCGACGACAGAACAACGGGCCUCCGAAAACGGCCAGCAGAUCAGCCUCAGCGACCAAGAGCUGAGCGAGAUUGAGGAGUUGAGGAAAUCGACUGCUGUGGUCGGCGGGAGGUAUCCUGCCGGUCACUAG